AUGGUUGCAGACGCUGCUCCUGGACCACUCACAGUCCUGGUUUCGACGAGGGCCGUACUGACCCUGCCUGACGACAGUCUUAUCUUGACACCAGCCACUAUAUCUGUCUCUGCUGAGUCAGGCAAGAUUGUGGCUAUAGUGCCAGCAGUCCUUCCUCAAAGCUCCUUUCCACCUUCAGCCACAUACGUCAACCAUGGAUCAAAACUACUGAUGCCGGGAUUGGUCGAUGCCCAUGUGCAUCUCAACGAGCCGGGCCGAACAGAAUGGGAAGGUUUCAACACUGGUACGCGUGCUGCCGCCUCUGGUGGCGUGACUACGGUCAUUGACAUGCCGUUGAAUGCUAUUCCGCCCACAACUACUGUUGCGGGCUUCAAGGAAAAGUUGGCAGCAAGUCAGGGACAAUGCUGGGUCGACGUCGGCUUCUAUGGUGGCGUGAUUCCAGGAAACGCCGAAGAACUAUUACCACUUGUCGAGGCUGGUGUUCGUGGUUUCAAGGGGUUUUUGAUCGAGUCUGGCGUCGAUGAAUUUCCGGCAAUUUCAUCAAAUGACAUCGCACUAGCAAUGAAGACUCUUAAUGGCACACCAACAACACUUAUGUUCCACGCUGAGAUGAUUCCACCCAUCGCAGACUCUGUGGGCGACAAAGUACAAGCCUCCGAGCCUCCCUUGGCGCCCCAUGGCGACCUAAAGGCCUAUCAGACUUUCCUAGAAUCGCGCCCACCCGUCUUUGAGACUUGCGCCAUCGACGAGAUCAUUUCGCUCUCCCAUCUUGCCACCAACCUGCAUCUCCAUAUCGUCCAUCUCUCAGCCAUCCAAGCAAUUCCGAUCUUGAAGAAUGCUAGGAGGAAUGGCGUUAACAUUACUGCAGAGACAUGCUUCCAUUAUUUGGGCCUUGCAGCUGAGUCUGUUGAGGAUGGAGACUGCCGGUACAAGUGUUGCCCACCCAUCCGUGAACAGAACAACCAAGACGGGCUAUGGGAGGAGCUCGUUGCCGAAGACUCGUGCAUCAAGACCAUUGUAUCUGAUCACUCACCUUGCACGCCCGAACUCAAAUUGUUGCCGGCGCAUCUGCAAACCAUUGAAUCAUCACAUAUGCACCACUCUGACUCCGGUGUUGACAUGACUUACGACACCGAGCAUAAAGAACUUGAGAGGAAAAUGACGCAGCCAUCUGGACAAGGCGACUUUUUUGCAGCAUGGGGCGGUAUCUCCUCCGUUGGGCUUGGUCUGCCCAUUCUAUAUACGGCCUCCAAACUUCGUGCACAGCAGUCCGGUAGUGUGCCAAGUCUGGUCGACGUCGUCAGAUUAUGCUGCCAAUCGACCGCAAAGCAGGUCGGUCUAUACCAUCGUAAGGGUGCUCUCAAGGUCGGCAUGGAUGCCGACGUCUGCGUCUUUGACGACGCAGAGGAGUGGGUGCUACAGAGCAAUGGUAUGCACUGGAAGAACCGAUGCUCACCAUGGGAGGGCCAUCAGUUCCAGGGCCGUGUCAAGGAGACAUGGCUUCGGGGCAAGAAGAUCUAUGAGCAUGGAGGCUCGAACCUCGGUUUUGUGACCGGCACGCCGGUUGGCGAGGCUAUUGUUGAAAAGAGAACCGCGUAA